UGAUUCGAAUUUAAGACUUGUAAAACUUCAAAUCACAUGGAAGUGAGCUUGGAAUACUAGACCCUUAUGAUGGUAUCUUAUAUCUCUCUCGUUCACGCACACACCGCCCGACUGCCCUUUUAUAAAUUCAGCCACUGACAUCUCUCCAGCUUCAUCAUCUUCAGCAAUGGCGACCAAUCAUACUACUAUGACUAUCACAGCGUCUCCUCCCAUGGAAUCGUCCGAGUUCACUGAGUUGAUGCAAGGACUGCCCGAGGACCUCGGCCUCGAGUGCCUGGCCCGGCUGUCAUACACCUCCCACGGCGCUACCUCCCGUGUCUGCCGGAGGUGGCGCCACCUGCUGCGUAGCCAGGAGUUCUACUACCACCGGCAGAGAUCGGGGUACACCCGCAAGGUCGCCUGCUUGGUCCAGGUCCUUCCGAGCCAAAUCUCGCUGGAGGGGCGUAAAUCCGGGGGCGGAGCUCCGAUUUACGGCAUCACCGUGUUCGAUCCGGUAGGCGGGACCUGGGACCGGCUCGAGCCGGCUCCGUAUCCGAAUGGGCUGCCCGUCUUCUGCCAGCUCGCGAGCUGCGAGGGGAAGCUGGUGGUCAUGGGCGGGUGGGACCCGGUGAGCUACGACCCCGUGACGGACGUCUUCGUCUACGACUUCACGACUCGCCGGUGGGAGCAGCGAACUCCGAUGCUGUCCAAGCGGUCGUUCUUCGCCGCCGCUGGGUCCUCCUGCGAGGGGCGCGUGUACGUCGCGGGCGGGCACGACGAGGGCAAGAACGCGUUGAGUAGUGCCUGGGCAUACGACGUGAGGGGGGACACGUGGACCGAGCUGGCUCAGAUGAGCCAGGCGCGAGACGAGUGCGAGGGUGUGGUGAUUGGGCGGGAGUUCUGGGUCGUCUCGGGCUACCGGACGGAGAGCCAGGGCGGCUUCGAGGGGAGCGCCGAGUCUCACGGGUUUGACUCCGGCGAGUGGCGGCGGGUCGACGGCGCGUGGCGGCAGAGCCAGUGCCCGAGGUCGUGUGUCGGGGUGGGGAAGGACGGGAAGUUAAUGAGUUGGGCCGAGUCGGAGCCGGCGGUCAGAGUGGCGACGUGCGGCGUAAUGCUGGGCCCAUGGGCUCUGGUGGGCGGAGCCCAGUACCAGGGCGGGCCACACGAGUUCUACAUGGCCAGGCGAGGGGAGGGGCAAGAUGGUAAAUACGAGAAAAUUAGCGUGCCCGAUGAGUUCUCCGGUUUUGUUCAAUCGGGAUGCUGCGUGGAGAUCUAAUAAAUCAAAGGUGGUGAUUGUGUUUGAGGUAUGAUCAUUCUCUCUCGGACAUAUCUGUCCGAGGCCCAAUUUUCCAGCUCGAGCAUCGGGGUCAUGAGUCCGACCUAAAGCGCCAAACUGUCAGUCCAGAAGUACGAACUCAUCGACGGAGAUUCUCGAGGUGAACAUGGGACCUAUAUCGGGGAUUAGAUUCCGGGGAAUAUUUCGUUGUGUCAGUCAGGAGUUUGCGAGAGCGUUUGAGCAAGUUUAUGUUUACAAGUCAUGUAGAGCUUUCUCAAUAUGAUCGGGCGAUAUGUAGCAAGCAUCGACUGCGUCGGUCGUGUUUUUCGACAUUUGCAAUCUAUCAUUAAUCUGCUUGAAGAGAAGA